GUUGAAACACCACUAAUGUAUCCACUUUAAUGGAUCUGUUUUAAUCCCCUCUCUGUUCAUUCAACUGCCACACUUUACAUCUCCUCUCCACUCUAUAUGGAUGGACAUAUGAAGGAAUGGAAGUCUCUUGGGGUGGGGGGAAAUUACUGGGGAGCAGAGGGAGAAGUGAGUGUGAAGGGAACGUGCAGAGUGAGUGUGUAUCUUCUUGGUAACUGUUGGUGCGGAUGGAGUGAGACUGUGGGUGAGUGGUUGAUACAAGAAGUGGGGGAGUGAUACCAGGGAGCACGGAGGCGGUGAUCUCAGCAGGAGCUUGGUGUACAGUUUGAUGAUUUUGCUUUUCUGUAUUCCAGGAAUUUGAUGAUUUAUCCAACAAGGAAAGCAGUGAAGCUGACACUCCCUGUGACGGGAAGCUGGAGGGAGGGGGUGCCAGUGAAUGCAGGAGCACCCUAACAAACGAGGGGGAUCUAAGCGAUGUUGACUCUGGCUGGUCCAGCCCGAGCAGUUUGGACUCAUUACCCCUGGAGUGGGACCCCUCUGUUGAUAUUGGAGAGUCAGCCUGGAACAAGGACAAUGAUUCCCUUCACAGCUCAGUGCCAGAUAAGUUCGUCUCCCUGGAGAGGAAGAACAAGAGCAAGAGUCACAAGAACCGGAGACUGCCAAAGGUUGUCUCUAGCACACCAAAGCAGAUGGCUGUGGGACGUCAGUAUGCCUCUGAAAUUAGCACCGUGUUGGGUGAACAGGGACCGUGUGAUGGACAGAUACAGACAGUUAGCAGUGGACCCUGGCAGGGUGCUACUGGUCUUGGAGAGGCAACCACAGGGAUGAGAAAGAUGAGCAAGACCAAGUUGCACUGUCAAGAGGGGCAAUGUUUGGACUGUGAACUGCCAAGAUCUCAGACGGGUCGAGACCAGUCAGACCCAGGACAGGACCGAGGUCCUGUGUUGUGCUCUCGUCCAAGAAUCAGAGAUGUGGAACAGUGGCUGCACAUGAUGGAGCCAAAGCAGAAGAGGGGCCUGAGAGGAGCAUCUGCCCUGGGAGGGGUUUCAGGAGGUGGCAGCCGGCUGCAUCUACCAUCUGGGCCUUCCAGGAAGAGAUAUCAACCCCAUGGCCGCCUUCUCCCUCCUCCAGUCUGCAGUCACCCCCUGUACUCUCUGCUCGCUGCCCUCAUUCUCUUUCUGCUCCUUGCCAUGAUGACUGCCUUCUUCCUCCUCCCUUCUAUAAUACAAGAGUGUAACUGGCAUCGGAAAAACAUCUUCCUGCCUUUUCACUUCACGUUGACCUAUGUUAAUGGCCCACCACCAACAUAACCAGAGGACUUGCAAAGCCUGAUUUCAGACCUUUGGACUGCACAGAGUGGAGCCUAUGGUGAGUGAAGAACUUGUGACAGUCAAACAUGGCAGCUGAGCCAGAAUAUGGACACUAG